UAUGCAGUAGGUCCUAUCAAUCUUCACUUGGUGCGGCUUUGAUAACCUCUCUCACUGCCUGUCCAGUCAUCUCGAAAGUUCAUUUCGCGUCCGUACCGUUACUCCGUCACUCUAUCACUACAAGCUCUACUCUCCACCGCGACCCCAGAUAUCGGCCUAGAGCUACGUCUAGCAUGCCAGCACGCACUCGCAAACCUCGCAUUAACGAAAAGGAUGAGGGCGCUCUCAGUCUCUCAGAAGACGACUCCCGUCGUCACUGGGUCUCUGCCGACGGGCUGAGUCUACGCAAUGCUCAUCCGAAAGUCGCCUUCAAUCAAGAAAACAACGGCUUUGAUCAUCUCAAGCUCACAGAAAUGCCGUUGAUCAACACCAAGGCUAUUGAUGCGCCAAACUUUGCCAACUUCAAUCCAGAGGAAGAGACGAAAUAUCUGAGCAUGGUUCGCGACAAGCUCAGCCUGACCAAAGACUACAUCCUCAAGGAGCAGGAGCUAUCGCUCGAUCCUGAUCGUAUUGGUAUGCGCCACACGACAACGCCAAAACUUCUCGCCGUACCACCCAUCGUGAUUGAUAUGCACGCACAACAGAUGGUUCGACUCCUCAUUGAAUCGGAAGCAGAGCUUCGAAGAUUGAAUGCCGACACUCCGGAGGAUAAAUUCGAUGCUGUACUAGAUCAGCCAAUGAGAGACUAUCUGGAGCUCUGGGCCGGGUUGCAAGCAAGCCUUGUGUGGCAGCUUCCUGGUGAGGACGCCGCAGACAAGGUGAACAAGGCGGAUAGGAUCAUGGAUGAGGUGUUUGAAAAGCUGGUGGUGCCGUAGGGUAGGGUGCGAGGGACGAAAGGGAAAGUGGAAAGGCAACCGAGGAGUGAGCGAGAGUAGUCAUAUAGACCCCCAAAUAAGCUACACAUAGUACACAGAUAGUCCAGGAGUCGUCUUCGGUAUUCAAGCGUGUUAGUGUCGCUUCCAAGGUGUCAGUUCAUUUGGAACAGUGGUGCUUCAGCGAACAAAAACAAACCCAUAGCAUAUCCAACAAAGACUCAUCCGACUUGACAUCUGCUCACAAUGAACCACCGUACACGUACUGGAAGAAUAUGCUGUCGUGAUUGAACCAGCCAUCGAAUGCGUCCAUUCCAAACUGGAAACGCUGUUGUCCUAG